GUAGAGGUCCCAUCUUUUCAACCUUUCAAUCCCCACAAUAGAAGCAUCAGGUACUCUAUUAUCCAAAAGGUUUUAUUUUUUGGUUUUUGUUGAAAUUCUUCGUGAGCGUCAAAACAAACAACAUCAAUACCAGUAAUGUCUUUAACAACAACAAACGUAGAAGAGAAUUCUACGAUGCACUCGCCAAAUCUUCCCAGAAAAAGAGUAUAAAGCCAUCCUGAUUUUACUUCUAAUCACUUCUGGAGGUGUAAAUCUAUCUUCAUCGUUGUUAAUACCUCAAAAAGGACAGACAUAGCGAUUGUAGUUGACUCCCUCUCAACAUUUGUGUUGAAUCGACUUUAUUUGGUUCGAGGCAAAGAUACAAGAUAUAGAAGCUGAUAUAACAGAUAUUUUGUUAGAUGGAGAACGAGAGGUUGACCCAACUACAUCCUGGUCCGUUAGAUCGCAGUGUCUUAACAAGACAAGAAAAUCAUAGGUCAGAAGAUGUAUGGGGUGGUGAGGUGGAAGCUGUCUUAUUUUGUCGUCGAUGCGAUGGUGGUUUUUGGUCCCAGGUUCAAAGACGCGUCCUACACAUAUUGAUUAGUGCUGGAUUUUACGGGGUCUAUCGGGUAGGACUGAUAAAACUAGAUCAUGCAUUUAUCACUGCUCUUGUUGAGAGAUGGCGACCAGAGACCCAUACUUUUCAUUUUAAAGUUGGGGAAGCCACUGUUACACUACAGGAUGUGGCUCUUCUUUAUGGGUUACCGAUAGAGGGAGAACCGGUAGUAGGCAUUGAUAGCUCGAAGACGCCACAAGAGUGGCAAGAUUUAUGUGAGCAGUUCCUUGGUUUUAGACCACAUGAUGACAAGUUGAAUGGAAGUAGACUUGAUAUCAGUGCACUAGAAAGUCACUUGGAGGCAUUCGGUGAGAUCAAUGAUGAUACAGAUGAGUUAGUCAUUCAUCAACUCGCUAGGUGUUACAUGAUGUUGAUGAUUGGAGGUAUUCUGUUUCCUGACACAUCAGGAAACAAAGUUAAGUUGAUAUAUUUGGUGCAUCUCGAGAAUAUUGACCAAAUUGGCAGGUAUAGUUGGGGCAGUGCUGUGUUGGCAUGCUUGUACCGGGCAUUAUGCCGUGCUUCCAAUUCUAAGAAGAAAGAAAUAGGUGCUUUUCUACCACUUCUACAGGUAUGGGCAUGGGAAAGAUUGAAGAUUGUUCAUCCUGAUCGACUUCAGGCUAGAGAUGGUGCUAUUAUCUUCUCAGAUGAUCUCCCGAAUCCCCCAUAUGCGAGUAGAUGGAGCGUACAACUUAGUUGGAAGCAUUCACCUCAAUAUGCGUUGUCGUUGUUUCGAGAUCAAUUGGAUAAUCUUGUAGAUGAACAAUUUGUUUGGCAGCCCUAUGUGAUGGAGAAUCUUCCCGAUUAUUGUCGCUCAGGAGAAUAUUUUUGGCAUGCUGUGGUGCCACUACUAUGUUGGGAUGUAGUGGAGAUGCAUCAACCCAACAGGGUUCUUAGACAAUUCGGAAUGCGUCAAAACAUUCCCGAUGCCUGCAAUUUUAGCAAGAAACAUGAAAAGUCUGACCGUCGUGGCAGACAAAACACCGAUUGGAGUACACAUCAUGCAAGUCACAUACUUGUGUGGAAUGAUCGUGCAAACCGUGUUUGGGAGGCGCCAUUAGCAGAAGGCUUCCUUCCAUAUCAUGAUGAUUAUCUUAAGUGGUUUCGUUUGAUCACUCGACAAAUCAUUGGAAACCCUGAAAUUCGUAUUCCAACAGGGUAUGCAUCACUUGCACCAACAUCUGAGAUAAUGGCGCGUCAACUCCAUAUGUUGUAUCAGUAUGGGAUUAAACUAAGACAAGAAUCAACUACGGAGGUCGCUGGAAGGAAUGUGAUGGAGAUGUGCAUUGAUGGUUUAAUGGCAGCAAAUGAUGCUCAAAGGCUCGGUGUCUCACCGUCCUACGUUCCAAAGCAGCCUGAUAAUUCUAGGAAUCGACGUAGACGUGGAUGGGCAGGAAGACGCAGAAAACAAAGAGGUGCGAAUCCUGAUGAUGUCUCUCCGAUGGAGGAUGCGAAUCCAAAUGUGGAGCCCGAUUGUGGUACAAGUACCAGAUUUACGGGUGAAAAUUUGAAUGAUGAAGCACAAUUUGGUAUGGGCUCAUCACCAUGUGAUGAUGUUUCUGGAUCACACUAUACCGACAAUCACAUUGUGAUUUACAAUGCAGAAAGUUCUCCAAUGGAUGAUGCGAAUCCAGAUGUAGAGUGCAGAUCCAGCCACACAAUGAUUCACAAUGUCCAACCAUUGCGUCAGUUUGCUAAUGAAGAUGUUGGGUAUGCCACUCCUGCCCGUCCUGAUCAUGUUCAAUCUAUGAACGAUGACCUCAACGAACAAGCUUCCUCUUUCCGAGGUUCGACAUCUUCCAUCUCAUUGCCUUCGUCCCCAACUCCUUCAACACCACAGAUUCCAAUUUCGUGGCCUGAAGACGGAACACUAACCCUAACUUGGGUUAGAAACUUAAUGUUAGCAUUUGAUUGGGCGUCUAGGAAUCUUCCUCCAUCAGAUCUCUUGACAGUGCUACCAAUAGAAGUUUUUGAUCGUCUUGCAGAGAUGGCGUCGGGGAUCAUGCAUAAGGAACCCAAUUGCUUGCAGAUCGAUAGUAGGUCAGGUUUAGAUCCAAAUUCGACGGUUGUUGUGGUUGGAGAUGUGCAUGGACAACUACAUGUUGUCUUGUUCUUGUUGAAGGAUGCUGGUUUUCCCUCUGAAAAUCGUUUCUUUGUGUUCAACGGAGAUUAUGUUGAUAGAGGUGCUUGGGGUCUUGAGACCUUCCUUCUCUUACUCGCUUGGAAGAUUCUAAUGCCUAAUAGGGUGAUUCUUCUUCGUGGAAAUCACGAAUCUGAAUACUGCACUUCUGUUUAUGGAUUUGAAGAGGAAGUCUUAAUCAAAUAUGCAGAUAAUGGAAGACACGUCUACCAGAAGUGUUUAGAAUGUUUCAAAGAACUUCCUCUUGCCUCUGUCAUUGGUGAAUGUCAUGUCUUAUUUAAUUACCUAACUCAAAGCCAUCCAACUUUUUUACAAAUAAAGAGAUGAUAAAGUUUCCGUGUAGGUUAUAACCUUAUUGAAGUGAAGUCCUUUGAUUCCAUCUA